AGCCACACAGUGUAUCACUGUUACCAAAGUAAAUGUAGUAAAUGACUUCCAACCACAGUUUGUAAAAGAGCAGUAUAUUUAUAUCUGAAAUAAGCUACAUUAUUUAUACUUUAUAAACUGUGGCUUCACAUCAAAUGUGCAAGGCUGCCAUCUUGGUUUUGUUUGAACACCGCGGGUCUUGUAAGAAGAACCCGGGUUUGUGGCAGUUAAGCGGGUCGGGCAGCUCCACUCCUCGUGGUGAAGACAAGCCUCCGCAACAGGGCAGUUCAGGAAGAGACACGAGGAAGAGUUCCGGGCCGUGCAAUUGCAUUAAAAAAAGAAAAAUCUUGACAACAACAACGGAACAAAAGUGCUUCGAACCCAACUUAAAACACUGCAUAGUAAUGCAUUCAACCAGUAUACGUCUCAUCACUGCACCAGUCACACUCUGUAUAACAUUAAUUUAUUCAAGCAAGCCUAAAAUCUCGCGGUGCUUCCACUCAGACAUCUUGCAUUUCACUAAAUCUGCACUUGGAUACAUUUUCCGUUAAACAUACUCUCUCUAUCUCCUGCUACCAAACUAGCACAGAAAACGUCUUUUUACUUGUCUGAACACAGACUAGUUUUCCUCCGCGUCGACCGGGUGUGAGGCGGUCGGGCCGAGCCUCGCGUGCCAAUUCCACGGAGUUUCGACGGUCUCUCACGGGGACUCUCAAGCCGUAUUGUGCGUCAUCUCCAUCGCUGCCGUUUUGUUAUUUUUUUCUCCAUUGAGGAAACAUGGCAACUCCCGCCGCGGUCAACCCGUCCGAGAUGGGCAGUGAGUUGCCAGGGACAGUGGCGAUGUCGGGGGCAGUAGGAGGCGGCCAGGUGAGGAUGGGAGGAGCUGCGCCCGGCCGCGGGGGCAAGAGGAGAUCGGGAAUAGGAAUGGACUUUGAUGAAGAAGACGGAGAGGGGCCGAGCAAAUUUUCAAGAGAGAACCACAGUGAGAUUGAGCGACGCCGACGCAACAAAAUGACCCAGUACAUCACCGAGCUAUCGGACAUGGUCCCUACCUGCAGCGCCCUGGCUCGGAAGCCUGACAAACUGACCAUCCUGCGUAUGGCCGUCUCCCAUAUGAAAUCCAUGAGGGGCACUGGCAACACGUCCACCGAUGGGGCCUAUAAGCCCUCCUUUCUCACCGAACAGGAACUGAAGCAUCUUAUUCUGGAGGCGGCGGACGGCUUCCUGUUUGUGGUUGCCGCAGAGACGGGUCGGGUGAUAUAUGUGUCGGACUCGGUGGCGCCGGUGCUGAACCAUCCCCAGUCAGAGUGGUUUGGCAGCACUCUGUAUGAACAGGUCCACCCGGACGAUGUGGACAAGCUGAGGGAACAGCUUAGCACUUCAGAAAACUCCAUGACAGGGCGCAUUCUGGACCUGAAGACGGGAACAGUGAAGAAGGAGGGACAGCAGUCCUCCAUGAGGAUGUGCAUGGGCUCCCGGCGGUCCUUCAUCUGCCGCAUGAGGUGCGGCACCGCUCCUCUGGAUCACAUCUCCCUAAACCGCCUGUCUAACAUGAGGAAGAGAUACAGGAAUGGCCUCGGACCCUCAAAAGAAGGAGAGGCUCAGUACUCUGUGGUGCAUUGCACUGGCUACAUCAAAGCCUGGCCUCCUGCAGGUAUGACAAUACCAGAAGAAGACACAGAGGCAGGUCAGACUGGAAAAUACUGCCUUGUGGCCAUCGGAAGACUGCAGGUGACCAGCUCUCCGGUCUCUAUGGAUCUGAACGGCCUGUCUGUGCCCACAGAGUUCCUGUCACGGCACAACUCGGAUGGUGUCAUCACUUUUGUGGACCCACGCUGCAUCAACGUCAUUGGUUAUCAGCCUCAGGAUUUGCUGGGGAAAGAUAUUCUGGAGUUCUGCCAUCCUGAGGACCAGAGUCACCUGAGAGAAAGUUUCCAACAGGUGGUGAAGUUGAAGGGUCAGGUUCUGUCAGUGAUGUAUCGUUUCCGAAUGAAGAACAGGGAGUGGAUGCUGAUCCGAACCAGCAGCUUCACCUUCCAGAACCCAUACUCUGACGAGAUAGAGUACAUCAUCUGCACCAACACUAACGUCAAGCAGCUACAGCAGCAGCAGCAAGCAGAGCUGGAGGUGCACCAAAGAGAUGGACAGACGGCCUACGACCUUUCCCAGGUGCCGGUGGCCAGCGUCAGCAGCGGAGUCCACGAGGCAGGGAAGAACAUCGACAAGACAGAAGUGCUGUUCUCUCAAGAGAGAGACCCGCGCUUCGCUGAGAUGUACACCGGCAUCGCUGGCUCGGGAGAUAAGAAGAUGAUGGUUCCCUCCUCUACAGCCGGAGGACAGCAGCUCUACUCUCAAAGCUCUCCCUUCCAGCAGGGACUCGCUGGUAAAAGCUUCAGUUCCUCUGUGAUCCAUGUCCCCGGUGUGAAUGACAUCCAGCCAUCAGGCUCAACCAAUCAGAACCUAGCUCAGAUCUCCAGACAGCUCAAUCCAGGCCAGGUGGCAUGGUCAGGCAACCGCCCGCCCUUCUCUGGACAGGCCGGUAAAGCCCAGUCCAGUCCCUUUGGUAUUGGUUCUGGCCACAGCUACCAGCCCGACCCGGCGUCCUACAGUCCCCUGUCGUCCCCGGCCACUUCCUCCCCCAGUGGCAACGCCUACUCAGGACUGACAAACCGCAGCACAGCUUUUGAUGUGUCGGGGGAGAGCAGUCAGAGUGGAGCCCAGUUCCAGGGCCGUCCCAGUGAGGUCUGGUCCCAGUGGCAGAACCAGCAUCACUCCCAGCAGGCCGGGGAACAGCACACACACCCUAACCCCAGCCAGACAGAAGUCUUCCAGGACAUGUUACCCAUGGCCGGAGAUCCAACCCAGGGAACAGCCAACUACAACAUAGAGGACUUUGCUGACCUCGGCAUGUUCCCUCCCUUCUCUGAGUAACCCCCCCGCCCAGCCCCACCCCCCCCCUCCCCCUCCUUUCUUCUCCCCUCUGCCUCUCAGAAUUGGACUGAAGUGUGCGUUCAUCUGUCACGUUGUCUCAUUUUUCUACAUAUCGCCGGAAUCACUAACAAGCCGCCGAUGUGCGGCGCGGUGAAUGUCCGGCGACGCCGUUUCACGCUAAUGUCCCGCGCGACAUGUAUUCGUGAACACACACAUACCUCAUCCGUGCAAAAGGAGGAACCGCGCCUGACGGAUGGAUGUGCCCUCCGUCAGCCGGCGUCCGCCCUCCUGUCACUCUUCACCGGGACAGACUCGGUCUCCGUCCCCCAGUCGGUCCAGCUCCCUGCAGGCGGCCUCGGGAGUUCAGUCAAAAGGACGAUCGCUCUGAUCAGCCACGAUCUUUUGUUGACUCUUCCUGUCCGUCACAUCUGACGGAGUGGAACUCGAGUCAUUUCGUUGUCAGCGGUUCAUGUCUGCAGGCAUCCGUGCGGACGAAUCAUCGUGAGGCAGGGCAGCCGGUCAGUGCCUUCCAUGUCACUUGUUAAAUAAACCGUCUCACGGUUCUACCCCAGAUCUUAUUAUUUUCAAGUUCCGUUUGAUAUAAUAACAUUUGACCUACAUAUUAAUUUAUUGAAUUAGCAAGGAAGACCGUGUGGGAUCAUCGAACAUGUCGGUCACGGUGUUGACGUGAGAGCGGACGCGGAGCUCCACGCCACAGUGUCGCGGUCAUUAAUCGUGACUUGUGCGUACACCAAGGUUGUACUUCGGUAAAAGGCUAAAGGUGUUCCUCCUCGACUGGAAAAAAUUACUGCAAAACAUUUGGCUCAUGGCGGAAGCCCCGAGAGGAAAUUGAGACAUUCUGGUUUCCUCCGUGUGAUCUAAAUAGUUUCCUCUCCUGUGUUUGUGACUGAAGAAUAGAAGAAACGGAUCGAGACGUCCAUCUCAAAUAUAACUAGAACGGGCACUCGGUAGAGCGCAUACCUUCGCAUAUCACAAGAUUGGUCAUUGAAUUAUGAAAAUGUUGGCAUUAGUUGCAUGCCAAUUGGAUAUAAAUUUACCGUGCUAUGGUAAAAAGAAGAUUUUGACCUUUUCAUGACUUUGACCCGAUCGAUCCCAAAAUCUAAUCAAAUGGUCCCCGGAUAAUAACCAAUCAUCCCACCAAAUUUCAUGCGAUUCGUUUUAAUACUUUUUGAGUUCUGCGAGUAACACGAAUACAAUUUAAUAAAUAAAUACACGGCGAUCAAAACAUAACCUUUCGCAUUUUCAAUGCGACGGUAAAAACGAGCGUCAUUUCCCAACAUGAAUCUCAAAUACUAAAAUGAGAGAAGCGGUCUCAAAUGUAACUCCCGAGCACAUCUUGCUGCUGCCGGUGUUGCCGUACGCACGCGGCGUGUUGCAGCAUCUUACGGCAGCGGCAGCCGCACUGUCAACAAUUUCUCGUGAAAUGUUCUCGUUUGAGUUGUAAUGUCCCCGAGCGCUCCAAACACGAGGUUCAUGUCUUGUGUUACAAGUUCUGUAAACAAAAAAGUCCCUCGGAGCACGAUGAGGAAUCCUGCCCUUUUUCCUUUCACCUGAUCUGAAGUGAUAAACACAAGAGAGAUCAAACAAGAAAAAAAUGCAUCACCACAGUUUGUUGUCCGCUCCUCUCGGGCCGUAACGCACGGUGACUUUUCAAAAGACGACGUCGAGACGGCCCCUCCUCCCGUGUUGCCCCCGCGGGGCUCCGAUUUUAGCAUGAUUUUAUUGCAGCGUGAGCACACGGGAGGAAUAUGACCCUCGACAAUAACUCUCAGCAGGUCAUACAUGCGACACAGAGGCUGCUGCUGAUAUUCGUGCCAAAAGUAGAACGGAGCGAGUCUGCUGAGCGUUCAGCCAAAGUACAUCAAUACAGCACCACCCACCGCCUCCUCUGGGGGGACAUGCGGAGAGCAGACGCCAUGUCUGACGUACACCUCCAUCAUGUCUGACGUACACCUCCGUCAUGUCUGACGUACACCUCCUUCAUGUCUGACGUACACCUCCUUCAUGUCUGACGUACACCUCCAUCAUGUCUGACGUACACCUCCGUCAUGUCUGACGUACACCUCCUUCAUGUCUGACGUACACCUCCGUCAUGUCUGACGUACACCUCCACCAUGUCAGUGGUCUCCCUCCCUCAUGUCCUAAGCACACCUCCGUCAUGUCCGGUGUACACCUCCGUCAUGUCCGGUGCACACCUCCGUCAUGUCCGCUGUCCACCUCCGUCAUGUCCGCUGUACACCUCCGUCAUGUCCGCUGUCCACCUCCGUCAUGUCCGCUGUACACCUCCGUCAUGUCCGCUAUCCACCUCCACCAUGUCAGUGGUCUCCCUCCCUCAUGUCCUAAGCACACCUCCGUCAUGUCCGGUGCACACCUCCGUCAUGUCUGGUGCACACCUCCGUCA